UGCUAAUAAAAUUUGGGAUGCAGCUCAGCUGCGGCGAGUUUGGACCUGUCAUCCAGUGGCAUAUUUCAGUUGGCAUGAGCGCUGCACCAAAGGCCGACGAGGCUCAGACGAUUGAUGGCGUCGACGCAGGCAAUGAGCUGAUGCAGCUCCAAUGCCGCUUCUACGAGAGCCGCUUCCCCGAAAUUGACGAACUCGUCAUGGUGAAUGUGCGUAGCAUUGCUGAAAUGGGCGCGUAUGUGUCGUUGCUCGAAUACAACAACAUCGAAGGGAUGAUUCUGCUCAGUGAAUUGAGUCGGCGGCGCAUCCGCAGUAUCAACAAGCUGGUUCGGGUCGGGAAGAAUGAAGUCGUCAUGGUGCUCCGUGUCGACAAGGAAAAGGGAUACAUCGAUUUGAGCAAGCGUCGUGUCUCCCCUGAAGACAUUAUCAAGUGCGAAGAACGGUACAACAAAGCCAAGACCGUCCAUGGCGUGUUGCGUCAAGUCGCGCAAGACACAGGUCUCGAAUUGACGGAUUUGUACGAAAAGAUUGGCUGGCCUUUGUACAAGAAGUUCAAGAUGGAGCAACCAUUGGGCGCCGACGACGAAAAGAAGGUCGAGUACCUGCACUGUUACGACAUCUUCAAGAUGGGUAUCACCGAUCCUGCCGUGUUUGAUGGCUUAAACAUUGAACCUGCGACAUUGGCGUCCCUGCGUACUCACAUCGGUCGCCGUCUUGCUGCUCAACCCAUCAAGAUUCGAGCGGAUAUCGAAGUUACGUGCUUCACGUACGAAGGCAUCGAAGCGAUUCGUGAAGCGUUGACCGCUGCCCAAUUGAAGAGCACGGAUGACGUGCCAAUCAAGGUCAAAUUGAUCGCGCCGCCAAUGUACGUGAUGACGACGAACACGCUGGACAAGGUGAAGGGGAUCGCUCUCUUGCACGAAGCCAUCGAAGCUGUCCACACCAUCAUCAAGUCCAAGGGAGGUGGUCUGGUCGUGAAGAUGGAACCCAAGGUCGUGAGCGUGAACGAAGAGCGCGAGUUCCUGCAGAUGAUUGAAAAGUUGGAGAAUGAAAACCGACAAGUCGACGGCGAUGACGACGAAGACGACUAAAAACGCGCGAAAGUUGUUGAAAUAGACUUGAAUUUUUUACAAUAUUUGGUCGUUUUUUGUCCUCUCAUACAUUUGUCCAGUGAGAAUUUAUUACAAUUCAAUUCCGU